CGCGUGCGGGCGCUUGCGCGCUUCUCGCCGCUGCUGCUAGUCGAUGUCGCGAGGGCUUACUCGCUCGAAAGGUGAAGGUGUCUAAUUAGUUGAUCCACGUGUCUAAUUAGUUGAUCCACGUGGCGGGAAAGAGAGAAAGGACCGUGCGUGUCUUCAACUCUGUCGAAGGAUGGAGCGUUCCACCAUGGUAGUGCUUGUGAUGAUGGGGUUGAUGAUGAUGGCGAUGGGACUCUCGCCCAUGAACUCGCUCCCGCCGAUUCUCUCGCGAUCCCGCCGCCCCCCGCGGAAGCAACAUGCCAGAAUGGCGCGCUGGCUCAUAUCGCAGGCCAGCUGGGGAACACUCAGCACAACUUCGUUACAUCUGAACGGAACUGCUUUCGGGAACAUUGCAUCUUUCAGUGAUGGGCCUUCUCACAACUCAACUGGGGUGCCUUAUUUUUACUUAACGGAGAUGGAUUUUACAUUGCAAGACGUGAAAGCGGAUCCCAGGUGUUCGCUGACAGUCACUGAAGCAUCCCUCAAGUAUGGGCAUUGUCGAGGAAUCGAUGUGGAAGAUCCAGUGUGUGUUCGUGUCGUUCUGUCUGGAAAGCUUGCUAAGGUUGGAGAUGAAGAGGUCACAUUUGCAGAGGAUGCUUUGUUUCACAAGCAUCCAGAGAUGAGAUGGUGGCCUAAAGCUCACAACUUCAGCACGUACAAGCUGGCGGUUGAGAAUAUUUUCCUGCUGGAUUUCUUUGGGCCUCCAGCUCAGCCGUCUGUGGAGGAGUACUUCGCAGCAGCAGCAGCAGCAGCAACCUCUGUUGAUGAGCUUGGGGCGGUUGAAGAACAAUAAGAUCGAUUGUCUCUCUCAUCCUCAUGUGUCCAUGAAAAAAAAAGCUCGCUGAAAAUUGAAAUCGAGAGCUUAGCUAGCCAGCUAGCUAGCGAGCUGGCUAGUGGGCUGGCUGGUCCCCACUCCUUUUUUCUAUUUUCUUUUUUGAAAGUUUUAACUUUUUUGAACUUUUUUCUCUUUUUCUCUUUUCCUCUUUUUUGCUUUUCUUUUUCUCUUUUUCGCUUUUCUUUCUCUCUUUCUCUCUUUUUCUCUUUUUCUCUUUUUCUCUUUUUGUCUUUUUCUCUUUUUGUCUUUUUCUCUUUUUCUCUUUUCUUUUUCUCUUUUCUUUUUCUCUUUUUCCGGGGCUCGCUUCCGGUGAGACCUACCGUUCUCAAGAACUGGUCUGAACUGAAAAUGGAUCACAACAAUUGCUCCUCCAGGUCCUCCAGAAAUGGUUGUUUCGAAAGGUAAAUUUGAACUUUUUUUUUUAUGAAAACCUAUGUCUGAGCGGAAAACAGCCUUCCGCGAUAGGGUUUUUUUUUUUUUUCUUUUUAUCUUUUUUUCCGCGAUAGGGGUAAUGGCGUGUCCUGUGGGGAUUGCCAAAUGGGAUGCAAAUAAUGUUCAAAUGCAUUGGUCUUCUUCGUACAAGAUGAUUGAUGUUGACAUCAGAGAAUGUCUGGCAGAUGUUGACAUGAAAGAAUGUACGGCAGAUGUUGAUAUCAGAGAGUAUAUGAUGGGCGGGUGAUGCCAGAGAAGUAUACAGGUGUACAGAGAAUGGGCCGACAGCUCAUAAAGCCAUCUUCUGAUCGUCAGCAAAAUUGUAAGAAGAUGAUGUGGAGGUCAAGCAAAGUAUUGUACAGGUGUACAGUUGUACAAGUAGCGUGGGAGCUGGUGGUCUAAGUAGCGUGGGAGCUGCUGGUCCUUUCAGCGGCGUGAGGGAAAAUAGCGGGCUGUACCGAGGGACGGGAGGGCUGUACUGAGGGACGGUGAGUGUGCUUCUGGAACAUCUUGUGAAGAGAGCACAGUGGCAACUGGAACAAUAUUCACACUGAGAUUUAUCUGAAUGUACUUUACCAAAAGUGUACGACUAGAUUCAUACAGAAAAC